ACGCGGUGCGGACUGGGCGCGGGCGCGGCUGCGGGCGGGAGCGGCCGGGAGGCGGCGUACAGCGUCCGGAAUUCGCGGCCGAAGGCGUCGACGAUCUCCCCGUCCCCGGGAGGCCCAGGGAGGCCGUGCCGGGCUGGCUCAGGGACCACCAUCACCACCAGGCCACCAUGGUCCUCGGUGGGCUGCUGUUCCUGCUGGUGGCCCUGCCCCCGGGGACACGGGGUGCCAAGGACUGCCUCUUCUGUGAGCUGACCGACUCCCACCACUGCCCCGGCACCCACAUGCGCUGCGGUGACGACGAGGACUGCUACACAGGCCACGGGGUGUCGCCGGGAGUCAGCCCCGUCCUCAACAAGGGCUGUCUGGCGUCCACCAAGUGCGGCCGCGAGGAGCCCGUCACCUACAUGGGCGUCACCUACAGCCUCACCAGCACCUGCUGCUCCGGCCACAUGUGCAACGGGGCCACGGGAGCCCCAGGCCAGGGCGGGGGGCUGAGGGGGCUGACCGCCGGCCUGGCUCUGGACGCGCUGCUGCUGUUCCCCAAUUUGCUGUGAUCCACAAGGAGGACAGGGCCCCCAGCUGGCCUCCCCUUACCUCCCCACUUCCUCCAUUAAACGUCCAGAAG